ACAGUCGGCGAUCAGCGCCAUGGCAGAGCUGCCGCUGCCCGCCGGGCUCAGCGCCAGCACCUUCCCCGCCAAGCUGUGGCGCCUGGUGAACAGCCCCCGCGUCCACUCCGUGCGCUGGGACAGCCAGUCCCGAGGACUGCUCAUCGACCGCUCCCUUUUCGAGCGGGAGCUGCUCAGCCCGGGCGACGCCCAGGGGCCGGCCCCGCACACCUUCAGGGCCACGCAGUUCCGCAGCUUUGUGCGCCAGCUCUACCGCUACGGCUUCCACAAGGUGCCGGGCUGGGUUGGCUCGGCUGCGCCGGGCGAUGCCGGGGCCUGGCUCCACUACAGCAACCCCUGCUUUCGCCGCGACCGCCCCGACCUCCUGCUCCGCAUCAGGCGCCGGAGCGCGGCCAACAGGCAGCGGCGGGCGGCGGGGCAGGAGGGCCGCAGGCGCCGGCCCUGCGGCUCCCAGCAGCUCCCCGGGGCGCGGCCGCUGCCGGACGGGCGGGACGGGCGCAGUCGCUUCCAGCAGCCCCCCGGGGAGCGGCCGCUGCUCGCCCGGCGCCCGCCCUGCAGCUUCCACCUGCUGCAUGGGGACCGGCCGGUGCCGGCCCGGCGGGAGGGGCCGAGCGGCUUCCGGGAGCUCUAUGGGGAGCAGCCGCUGCCCGCCGAGCGGGAGGUGCUACGGAUCCCGCCCUGCGAGUUCCUCGCUUUCCACGGGGAGCCGCUGCUGCCGCUCGGGCGGGAGGGGCCCCGCAGCCGCUUCCAGGAGCUCUGCGGGGGGCAGCUGCCUCCGAUUGACCGGGAGGUGCUCAGGAUCCCGCCCUGCAGCUUCCAGCAUCUCCACAGGGAGCAGCAGCCCCCAGCCUACGACCCACGAGCCACCUCAGGCACUUCAGCCCCCAGCGCUCCAUCUGGCAGUGCCGGCUGUGCAGCAUCGACGGCCUCCAGCUCAGCCUGGAAUGCACCUGAGGAAAAGGAAUGGCCACCAGUGGAUCUUGGCUUUGCUGUAGAGCAAAUGAUCCAGGAGAUCAGGAGAUCCCUGCCUGAAAGGCCUCCCUCUGCUCAGGGCAAUAUUAAUGUUGCCCCUGAGUCUUCAGGAGGGGAGCGUGUGAACCGGGCUGCAGCAGAGGAAACGUCAUCUGGCACGGAGAGCUGCGGGAACAGUUCCCCAGAGCCCGAGGAGCUUGAUCCCGUGUGAUCAGCUUCUCCAGGAGGGCUGCCCUGUGUGGCAGGAAGAGACAGAGGGAGAGCCUGUGACCAUUGGGCAGGUGGAAUUCCUCUAUCUCUAGUUAUAGAUGUGUAUAGUUAUAUUUAUUGAUCUAUGUAGUUGUGUUUAUAGAUUUAUGUAGUUAUAUUUAUCUAUCUAUAUAGACAGAGAUUUGUACAGUUAAUUUAUUUGUAGUUUUAGGUGUAUAUUUUUAUAUUUUUAGAUGUGCAGUUAUAGUUAUAGAUGUCCAUAGUUGCAUUUAUACAUGUGUAUAGUUACAUUUACAUAUAUAUAUAGUUACAUUUAUAGACAGGCAUAUUUAUA